AAGUGUGAGCCUGUUCUCCGAAAGAAGGACAUGGACCCUAGAGAAAACGAGGCUUCGUCUGCUGUCCUUUUUAAUCUUGGAAUUGCGGCUGUCGAGAUCUUUGGGAUUGUGUCUGUUGUUUUAUCGUUUGGAUGGACUGGUUAUUACAUGGGGGCUUUGCUUGGCAAACUGACCCCAAGUUGGAGUUUAACCUACAUCCAGUUCUUAUGAUUACUGGUUUCGUUUUUCUUUAUGGAAAUGCUAUUCUUGUUUUUCGAGCGUUGCCAGGGAAAAAGAAGACGACUCUUAAAAUUCUACAUGUUAUGUUACACACCCUCUCUUUGGUGUGUGUUAUUGUGGGGCUCAAAAGUGUAUUUGACUCUCGUAACCUUCCAGCCAAACCCAUCUCCAACCUUUAUUCUCUUCAUAGCUGGUUAGGGUUACUCUCUGUUAUACUCUAUAUUUUGCAGUAUAUUUUCGGAGUGGUGUUUUUCGUCUUUACUGGGAUGUUAAAAAAAUGGAGGUCAAAGUAUCUAGCGUUUCAUACUUUCUUUGGCUUAGGAAUAUUUUUGAUGGACGUGUUUACGUGUGUGGUUGGAAUAAAUGAGGAGCUUUUUAUUGGUUUUUCGAAGUACAGCACACUUCCAAGUCCAGCACUAAUAGGAAAUCUGCUGGGGUUUGUACUAUUAUGUAUGGCUGUCCUGGUCAUCUAUUUGGCUUCGUCACCCCAGUUUAAACGUCAACCACUUCCUGAAGAGUUAUUCAUCCUUCAAGGUGGAAGACUUUAAACAUGGAGCUUUGUACUGGCAGUUACGGUAUGUGUUUUGGUGGACGUUCCUAAAGAAGCUGUAAAGCGAAACGUCGAGUGUCCAAUCAAAGAAAAAUAGCAAAUUUGGUGUUAUAGGGUCGUUUACUACUAGUAUUACAUUACCGUUUUGUUGAAACUUUACGUACAAGUUGAAUAGUAUUUAUAUCAGUGCUUGCAGGAGCUCGCGCCAAAAAUUUAAUUUGACCGCUACUGGUGGAGGAUAACAAGGGGAAUACAUUAGAAACAAACACACACAAGUACUAACACCACAGUCAUAGAAAUAUAUAUCAUUUCAUUUAUCAAAAGGACCGACCUAGUACGAGGGCAGGGCCCCUCCAUUGUGCACGCUUCCUAUUGGUUUUUAUUCUUGUUAAUGAAUAAAUGGAUAUUGUUUGUAAUCUAUUUUUCGAAUAGCUGUGCUGUUUCUUUUAAAGCAAAUAAAUACAUCUACGUUGUUGGUGGUAA